GUCAGACAGUCUAGAUAUUUUGCCGUCAUUCACACCAGUGUAGUUCGAGUGUAGUUUACCGCCAGGUCUUUGGCAGAUCUAUAUUAUAUGUCCCGUGCAUCUCUAAUCUCAUUUGCUGUGUCUGUGCCUAUGUGUCUGCCGUCAUCUGUCGUUUUCAUUUUCUAAAGGCGAAGGCGCCAUUUUACGUGCAUGAGGGACGCUGGGGACGCUUCGUCGCUUCAUUGUCGUGCUGAUUUUGAUAAUCAUUUCCUUACCGUAGAAUUAUUUGUAGUGCAACGUGUACUCGUUAAAACAUAACAAUGAGCCGUGGCCGGUCGGAAAAUUCCACCAAAGUCUUCGUGGGCAGUCUUCCAACGGGGGUGACCACCGACGACCUCAGGAAGCUGUUCGAGCCCUACGGAGAGAUAUCGGAAUGCGACAUCGCCAACAGAUGCGGCUUCCUGCACCUGGAGGACCAGACGCUGGCCAUGAAGGCCAUUGAAGAGCUGAAUGGCACGGACUUCAUGGGGGCCAAGAUCUCAGUGGAGAAGGGCAGGGUAAAGCCGAGGAGGAGCGGGCCUGGGGGGCCCAGGGGUGGUGGAAGGGACCGGGGGAGCCCCUACUCUAGAGGUGGCGGCGGCGAUUACAGGGGCGCCCGUAACGGCGGCUUCGGCGGCCGAGGGGACUUCAGUCCCUAUCAGGGGGGCGGCGGCAGAGGCGGCGGCCGGGGUGGCUACGACAGGCCGCAGCGGGGCGGUUUCGGCGGCGGGUACAGGGGCGGGCUGGGCGGCGGCGGCGGUUAUGAUGACGGGAGGGGCGGCGGCGGGGGCCUAGGCGGCGGCUUCGACGAUAGGAGGGGUGGCGGAUACGGGGGUUUCUCUGACCGUCGUCCGUACGGCGAUCGCCCGACCUUCGACAAUUCCCGCGGGGGCGGCUACGAGGACAGGCGGCCUCCGAUGGGCGGCUACGAGGGCGGCCGGCCGGCGCCGGACAUCCCGAGAGGCGGCGGCGGGGGCGGCGGAGACCUGUUCAGCCGCAGGGACCAGGGCGGCCUGGCCAAACCGGCAUAUGGCGGCGGCACUAACGGCUACGGGACCGGAGGCGGCGGUGGCUAUGGCGCAGGAGGCGGUUACGGCGGCGAAUCGGCCCCAGGCGGCUAUGGCGGCGGUGGCUACAGCAACCGGGGCGGCUACGGGGGUGGUGGCGGGGGCGGCUACGGUGACUCGUACGGACAGCCGGCGGCGAGAGGAGGGGCUGGCGGGGUGGGGGGCGGCUACGAUAGCGCGUAUCCGCCGUUGCCGCAGCAGAGAGGCUAUUCAGGCGGCGCUGGUGGACCCGGACCACGAAGAGACAUGCCGCCCCGACCCAGGUUCUAAUUUAAUUGCGCAAGCGCCGUGUAAGAUGACGUCACUGCUACCUUUAAUCUGUAAUUAGUGUGAACGUUUUAUAAUAGACAUAGGAGUAAUUUUCAAUGGUUGUUGUGUUAAUUUUGGAACUGCCUCUCUGCGGUUUUGACUACAAACAUUUCGUUUUAUUCAGUAGAUUAUGAUUAUUAUUAUAAUUGCGUCCCGCAUGGAAAUAUACUUCCAAAUACAUCUGCUCGUAUCAUUUUUUUAUGGUUAUCAAAAAUACUGUUUCGGAUUCUAGACGUCCUGUAUAGAUGGACUUUAGUAACCUCAUCGUCGGAUUUUACAUCUCAAGAGUGACAGCUGUAUAUAGGAUGUAAAAAUUGUAUAGUAAUCUAUUUCAAGGGUAGCCUCAAAAUAAAUUGAUUAAGGUUCCAAAGACUUCAAACAGGAUGUUCAGUGAAAAUAUCAACUUUUUCAUCACAUCCUGUGCAACAACCCAACAUUCUUGAGGAAUGAGGUUAAUUCAAGUUUACUCUCAAUUUUUACAUAAACGUUAGCAAAAUGAGUCAAAAAUAUAAUUUUUUGUCUGUUCAUAUGUUCCUAUUCACUCCGUUCAAGCGCAUGCAGAGUAAUAAUUGUAAUUGUUUUCAGAAACAGCGAUUUUGAAACUCGAUUCACUAGUAUAAUUGCGCAAGCAUCCCGUAAGAUGACGUCACUUCUACCUUCAAUCUGUAAUUAUUGUGAACGUUUCAUAAUAGGAAUAGGAAUAAUUUUCUUUGGUAUUUUUGUUUCGAACCGCCUCUCUGCGGAUUUGACUACAAUCAUUCCGUUUUAUACAGUAGAUUAUGAUUAUUAUUAUGAAUGGGUCGCAUGAAAAUAUACUUCCGAAUAUGCGCUUGAUUCGAUAAAGCAAAAUACUUGUUUCAGAUUCUAAUCCUGUAUAGAUGGACUUGGGUAUCUUCAUCGUCGGUUUUUUUUUAUCAUAAAAAUGACAGCUGUAUAUAGGGUCUAACACUAGUAUGGUGAUAUAUUGCAAGGGUAGUCUCAUUACAAGAAAAUGUGAUUUUAUGUUCUUAUUCACUCAAUUUAAGCGUAUGCAUAAGAAUAAUUUUAAUUGUUUUCUUUACAAGACUGCGAUUUUGAAACAUGAUUCCAUACUUUAAUUGCGCAAGCGUCCAGUAAAAUGACGUCACUUCUACCUGUAAUCUGUAAUUAGUGUUAACAUUUUAUAAUAAUUGAAAUAGGAGUAAUUUUUAUUGUUUCUGUGUUUCCUUUGGACCUGCAUCUGCGAUUUGGACAAACAAUUCGUUUAUUCAGUAAGAUAUAAUUAUAAUUUCUUCCCAUGGAAAUAUACUUCCGAUUACAUAUUCUCGUAUCAUUUUAUUCCUAUUAGGUUAUUCACGUACCUGAUUAGAGAAAGCAAGAAUACUGUUUUGGAUCCUGGACAUGCUGUAAAAAUAAACUUUGAGAAAUAUGCAAAAAAUUUGGAAUCUUCAUAGUCGGUUUUUUGUUUAUGCUCAAAAAAAUUACAUGUAUCAAUGGUGUAACUAUAGUAUGGUAUUCUAUUUUGAGAAUAAUUUCGUUACAUAAAUGUGAUUCAAGUUCCAAAGACUUACAAAAAGAAAAAAGAGGUUCUUCGAGGCAAGACAAGUUUUAGUAGUGUAACAACUCAAAAUUGUCUUCACGUCGUAGAAUCAGAGGAGGCAGUAUUUUAUUUACAUUUAACACAGUAUUAUUUUUCAAUCCAACUUUCAUCGAGCGUUAUAAAACAUCUGGUAUACAUUUCUUGUGUGUAAUAUACAUUGUUUUCUGCAGAAAGUUAUUGAAUCAUAUGAAACUUGUGAACCUCUGAGA